UGGUUGGUCCUCGAGCUGUCCGCCUAGUGGCUCGGAGGUCCUAGUAAUGUUGGGGACAGGGAUGGGAAUGGAGUUUGGUGAAGGGUGAACCCCCCCUUCUUUGCGAAAUAGCAAGCUCUAUUCUGCGGUAAAGAUGGCGGCGGCAGAGGGGGCGCGCAGUGGCCGGAGCACGGCGAAACGACCCUGAAAGGCUCCAUAUUUCAUAGAAACUCGGACGUGGGGGACCGAAUAUUACUGUCUCGAGAUCCCACGGGCCGUUGGCAGAGAGUUGUUUUCAGUGAUUUAUCAGACUUUUGCUUUAUUGUUUGAGGCAAGGUGGGUGGGUUUCACAACGAUAUAGCUAACGUCAAGCUAGCUAGCUAGGAGACGGGUUGAGGAAGACUUCUGAACAGGCCGCUCCAUAAUUGGGGGGAUGUGAACUGGGAGUGUGCAGGGUUGGAUAGCUUCGUCCCGAACAUCUUUACACUGAACUGCGGGGAUGGGACAACAGGUAGGCCGCGUUGGUGAGGGGACUUCGACAGGGCUGCCACCGCCACAACAACAGCAGCAACACCCGGGGAAGGGGAACAGGGGAAAUGCCGGGAGGAGACCCCGGGAAGUCAGUAACGUUAGCACUGGAACACCGCCAGGCAGGGUUGCUGCCGUUAACGUGCCGGACCCAGCAAUUAAUAUAUUCACCCAGCAUUCAGGACUUUUGCUCCGAGUCCCACUUGAUCCUGUCAGGCUGAUCCUAUCAUCUCACCUUGGCUGGACUGUGAUGCAACAGGCCCUCCACCGACCCUUCGGCCUGGACUCGGCAGCGUUGACGGAAGCGGUGCGCUGGAGCUCCAAGGAGAACUUGCUGGGUGCUGCCGAAAGCGACCCUAACCUCUUUGUUGCACUUUAUGACUUUGUUGCCAGUGGCGACAACACGCUGAGCAUUACGAAAGGUGAGAAGCUGAGGGUGCUCGGCUACAACCAGAAUGGGGAGUGGAGCGAGGUGCGCUCCAAGAAUGGCCAGGGCUGGGUGCCAAGCAACUACAUCACGCCCGUCAACAGCCUGGAGAAGCACAGCUGGUACCACGGGCCCGUUUCGCGCAGCGCUGCAGAAUACCUGCUAAGCAGCCUCAUCAACGGCAGCUUCCUGGUCCGGGAGAGCGAGAGCAGCCCAGGACAGCUGUCCAUCUCCCUGCGCUACGAGGGGCGUGUCUACCACUACCGCAUCAACACCGCCUCAGAUGGCAAGGUUUACGUCACAGCAGAGAGCCGCUUCAGCACCCUGGCUGAACUGGUCCACCACCACUCCACCGUGGCCGAUGGCCUGGUCACCACGCUCCACUACCCGGCACCCAAGUGCAACAAGCCCACCGUCUACGGUGUGUCGCCCAUCCACGAUAAGUGGGAGAUGGAGCGCACCGACAUCACCAUGAAGCACAAGCUGGGAGGGGGGCAGUACGGAGAGGUGUACGUGGGAGUCUGGAAGAAAUACAACCUCACCGUUGCAGUCAAAACACUCAAGGAGGACACUAUGGAGGUGGAGGAGUUCCUGAAAGAGGCAGCAGUCAUGAAGGAGGUGAAACAUCCCAACCUGGUGCAGCUGCUAGGUGUGUGUACGUUGGAGCCUCCCUUCUACAUCGUGACAGAGUACAUGCCCCACGGCAACCUGUUAGACUACCUGAGGGAGUGUGACCGGGAGGAGGUGAACGCAGUGGUGCUGCUCUACAUGGCCACGCAGAUCUCCUCUGCCAUGGAGUACCUGGAGAAGAAGAACUUCAUCCACCGGGACCUGGCAGCCAGGAACUGUCUGGUGGGGGAGAACAGUGUGGUGAAGGUGGCUGACUUUGGGCUGAGCAGGCUGAUGACUGGGGACACGUACACAGCCCACGCCGGAGCCAAGUUCCCCAUCAAGUGGACCGCCCCCGAGAGCCUGGCCUUCAACACCUUUUCUAUCAAGUCUGAUGUGUGGGCUUUCGGUGUGCUGCUGUGGGAGAUAGCGACGUACGGUAUGUCUCCGUACCCAGGGAUCGACCUGUCUCAGGUAUACGACCUGCUGGAGAAGGGCUACCGCAUGGAGCAGCCAGAGGGCUGUCCGCCCAAGGUCCACGAGCUGAUGAGAGCCUGCUGGCAAUGGAGCCCGUUGGACCGACCCUCGUUUGCCGAGACCCACCAGGCUUUUGAGACAAUGUUCCACGAUUCCAGCAUCUCUGAAGAGGUAGCAGAGGAGCUGUGUAAGAUGGCCUCCUCUGGCCACGGCCCGUCACCACACUCCUUCAGCCACGACAUGCCCCUGCUUCCCUCCAAGUCGCGCACGCUCAAGAAGCAUACGGAGAACAAGGAGAACAUCGAGGGGGCUCUGGAUUGCAGGCAGGAGACACACACAGCCAGCACCCACAGCCCCUCAGGUCUGGCAGCCACUCUGCUGGCAGGGGAUGGCCGGUCAGGCAGCUCUCCUGCUCUGCCUCGGAAACAGAGGGACAAAUCCCCCAGCAGUCUCUUGGAGGACUCCAAGGAGACCACGUUCACACGGGACCGCAAGGCUGGCUUCUUCAGUUCCUUCAUGAAGAAGAAGUCUUCCUCCAACUCUCCCUCCUCCCAGCUGCAGCAGAGCCUGCCUACGCCGCCCAAGAGGAGCAGCUCGUUCAGGGAGAUGGAGACCCAGCCUCACAAGAAGUAUGAGCCCACGACUGGCUUUAGCGCCCCUCCUCCCCCCCUUCCCCAGGCAGAUGGCCUGGGCUUUUCACCGUCCCACGGAGAGGGGAACCACGUCCAGUCACGCUGCUGUGGAGCCACUUUUGGACAAAAGGCCUCUGCCAACCACACCUCUGGGGCGCCACCCUCACAGGUGGGCAGUAGUAGCAGCAGCUGGGCAGGCCUGGCAGGCUUCUUCACCCCCCGCCUCAUCAAAAAGACCUUAGGGCUACGGACUGGCAAGUCCACUGGGACCGAGGAGGGGGGUGGGGGAACCAAGCCCUUCCCCAGGUCCAAUUCCACCUCCUCCAUGUCUGCAGGGCUGCCUGACCUGGAGAGGAUGGCUCUGACUUUACCCAGGAACCGCAGUAAGCCUCCUCUAGAGCGCACUGCCUCCACCACCUCGCAGCCUGAGGACGGGGCAGCACACACCUCUGAGUCCCUUCUCUGUAACAUGGAUGAGGGCACAGCUCAGAUCAGGGACCGGCCUAAAGCCAAGCUGCUUCCCCGAGUGGUGGGGGGAAACUCUGGGGUGGUGAGAGCUCCUGGUGUUGGGAGUGAAGCAGAUUCAUAUUGUCCCUCGGGGACCCUACGGGGUAGGGAGGUUCAGGAGGCAGGAGGACAGGACCGUCAGGGAUGGUCGUCCCCCUCCAAAACAGUGGGAUCAGGCCUGUCAGCGGCUCCACACAACCACAAGGUUCCAGUGCUGAUCUCGCCCACACUCAAGCAUGGCUCGGCCGAUGUGCACCUGGUGGGGAUGGACUCUCAGGGGAACCGCUUCAAACUACUAUCAGAGCAUCAAGCGGACCGGGACCGACCACGGCUGGUCAAGCCUAAAUGUGCCCCACCUCCCCCUCCCACUCUGCGCCUCCUUGGACACUCCUACAGCGGGGAUGGAGAGGAGCAGGCCGGGGUGGCUGUGGAGGUCAAUGGUGAUGGGGUGAAACGGCCGGGACGAGUAAGGGAAGUUGGAACAGGGAGACCGUCAGUGCCGCCACCACAAGUGCCUCCACCUCCUUCAGCCUCUUCUUCCUCUGCCAACAACACUACCCCUACUAAGAUGGCUAACGGUGCCACCAGCACUGGCUCAUCCACAGUCCCCUCUGGUGGCUCUAAGCCUCUGCGUCGGACUCGGCAGCAGGCAGAGAGGGUUCAACCGGAGACGAUCAGUAAGGGGGCUCUGCUGGAGUGUGCAGAGUGCCUGAGAGGUGCCCUCCACAGCAGCCCUGAGCCCUCCUCCAGCAGCCAGGUCCUAGACGCUGCCCACCAGCUGCUAGACUACUGCUCAGGCUACGUGGACUGCAUCCCACAGAUGCGGAACAAGUUCGCCUUCCGGGAGGCCGUGGGCAAAUUCGAGCUCAGUUUGCAGGAGCUGCGGGCAUCGUCCUCCUCUGGAAGCGGAGGAGCAUUCAGUGGUCCGGGGGCUAGCCCUGCUCUGGACAACUUGCACACCUGCAUCAAGGAAAUUAGUGAUGUGGUUCAGAGGUAGCCUCCGGACCCUUUCAAACAUUUCCUUUUGUAUUCCCUUUGUUUGUUCUCUGUCCCCAAAAUGUUAAUAGAACCAUCUCAGAAGUACCUCAGAAAAUCACUACAAAUUGUUUCUCUUAUUGUUUACAGUUGACUCUUUCUCAAAAAUGCCAGUGGAAAACAAUGUUCUAUUCUUUGAACAUAAACAUUGUUGAUACCAAACUAGAAAAAUAAUUGUUUUGCCCCAAAUUGUAACUUUUCCACCAGGUUUUAAGGCCUUACUUUUAACUGGAUGUGGAGUAUAUCAGCAACGUUUUCAGUCCCAGAGUUGAUAAAGAACAAAGUCCGUUUGAGUAUCUGUCAUUUAGUAACUCAACCAAGAAACAAAGUGGAGAAUAAUGCAUUCAUUCUCCUGGCAACAAUGAGAGUCCCUGUGACAGGAUGUCACUGUUCAAAAGUAUUGUCACCUGGGACAUCGAUGAGUGUUCCACAUAAUCAGGUCUACUUUCUCUGCCAUUUGGUUUGAUUAUUUCAAUGUCACAACAUUUGAAUAGAAAAUGUAAGCAUUUCAAUAUUAAUGUCCAAAUUCCCUUGCACAUGACCUAGCUAUAUGUUUGGAGCCUAUGAGAAGAGCGAAGAGAGUGCAGGGUAGUACAUGAGCAGGUGGUUUGGGACAGUUUCUAAGUGUCCUUGGACAGUGCUGAAUUCCCUGUGGCCCUUUCCCUCAGUGCCUAUAGUUUCUUAAAUGAUUGAAAAUCUGCAAAUACAACUACUCCUUGACAAAAUACUGAUCUCAACACAAACUACAGUAUGUCUCUAGCACAUCAGUGAUUUAUUUGUACAUUAUUUGGUUUUAACUUUGGAAUGGCGUUAUGUAUGAACUUGAAUUUUAAAUUAUUGUUUUUUUAUUAAAAGCACAGACCUAUUUUAAAAAUGUUAUGUAAAUAUUUGCUUAAUUUCAUAUCCAGGAAAAAGUGAGGUCACAUUUGCUUGGAUAAGUGUUUGACUAAACCGCAGUAGGAAGUUUAUCACAGAACUGAGGCCCACCCCUCCCUCCACAACCCCAUCUGAACAUCUGCAAAAUGAAUGUAUUAUGUAUUGGUAUCUUCCUUUUUUGUCUGGUCAUCAUUUCAAUACCAACAUCAGUCAAUGCUUAUGGUCAAUUUACAAAAUGGAUUCUUAAAGCACGUUUUCUGUUUUGAUAUCCCUUAGUAGGUCUCAUCUCUACACAAACAUUUCCAUAUCAAGUUGCUGGAUGUCAUUUCAUCCUGUUUGUUCUAUUGUGCACAAAUAACAAGUUUCACCCUGUGUCUGCAAUCAUUUCUCAAUAAUAAUUUGGCUAAUGAAUCAAGCAAUCAAAAACAAAAAAGCUUGCUUAUAACAGAGUGCUCCUCAACUGUUUGAAAAUUUCCCUAAUCCCCACUUGAGAUGUUGGAACCCUAAGUGUAUCAAAAGGGGAUCAUCGGCUCUCCCAGAAGCUUCACUGGUAUGUAAAACCCACACAUUCAGGCAAACAAAAGAUGUAAUGGGACUGCACUCAAAAAGAUGUCCCAUAAAGCCUACUUAAUUUAUCCAUCCCUUCGCUCUUCCCUGCGUCAGGCACAGACGUCGGCCCUGUUUUUCGGAACCCUGAGUGUACACUGGAUAAAGCCUACUUCAUUUAUCCAUCCCUUCGCUCUUCCCUGCGUCAGGCACAGACGUCUCGGCCCUGUUUGUCAGAACCCUGAGUGUACACUGGAUAAAGCCUAUGUUAAUAGUAGACAUUGAUUGGUAUAUUGCAUUUCAUCUUAGUAUAAACUCUAGUAGUGCCCAAUAUAUUUUCACAUUUCAUUCCAUUGUGGUACACUACCUAUCUAAUCCAGCAGAUGAGCUUCAGUGUGCCUCUGGUCAUUCAAAGGUCCUCUAGACUAAUAGCAUGAAAUAGUUUAUUUUCACUGGGAGGUUCACUUAUUAUUAUUAUUAUAUAUUUUUCUUUUGACACUGGAUACAGCAAUGUUUUUCCUAUGGUUCUUGGUGCCUUUUGUGAAAGAUAUUUUAUGUAUAGUGCACUACUCAGUCAAGAAACGGAUAUACAGCAAUGUGUAAUUGUAAAUAUCUUGUGCUUUUGUUUUCAGAUGACAGAUUUUGCAAUGAUGUUGUGGCCAAGUAUAAAUAUCACUACAACGUGCAUUUCUAUUACUGGGAGUAAACAUUUUGUUUUUUAAUUUAAAACUCACAUUUAAUAGUAUAUUACUGUGAAUUUCUCCCCAUCACUUGAUAAACUUGAUAUAAAUAAAAUGUUGGAACAAUUCCAAGGUCCUUUCUA